AUGGAGAGAUGGAUAGACGCCACUGCUAUAGAUCUUGUGACAACAGCUAAAGACCUUGUGACAACAGCUAAAGAUCUUGUGACAACAGCUAAAGAUCUUGUGACAACAGCUAAAGAUCUUGUGACAACAGCUAAAGAUCUUGUGACAACCGAUAAAGAUCUUGUGACAACAGCUAAAGAUCUUGUGACAACAGAUAAAGAUCUUGUGACAACAGCUAAAGUUCUUGUGACAACAGCUAAAGAUCUUGUGACAACCGAUAAAGAUCUUGUGACAACAGCUAAAGAUCUUGUGACAACAGCUAAAGAUCUUGUGACAACAGCUAAAGAUCUUGUGACAACAGAUAAAGAUCUUGUGACAACAGAUAAAGAUCUUGUGACAACAGCUAAAGAUCUUGUGACAACAGAUAAAGAUCUUGUGACAACAGCUAAAGAUCUUGUGACAACAGCUAAAGAUCUUGUGACAACAGUUAAAGAUCUUGUGACAACAGCUAAAGAUCUUGUGACAACAGAUAAAGAUCUUGUGAUAACAGCUAAAGAUCUUGUGACAACAGAUAAAGAUCUUGUGACAACAGCUAAAGAUCUUGUGACAACAGAUAAAGAUCUUGUGACAACAGAUACAGAUCUUGUGACAACAGCUAAAGAUCUUGUGACAACAGCUAAAGAUCUUGAGACAACAGCUAAUGAUCUUGUGACAACAGCUAAAGAUCUUGUGACAACAGAUAAAGAUCUUGUGACAACAGAUAAAGAUCUUGUGACAACAGCUAAAGAUCUUGUGACAACAGCUAAAGAUCUUGUGACAACAGCCAAAGAUCUUGUGACAACAGAUAAAGAUCUUGUGACAACAGCUAAAGAUCUUGUGACAACAGCUAAAGAUCUUGUGACAACAGAUAAAGAUCUUGUGACAACAGCUAAAAUAUCUUGUGACAACAGAUAA